AUGGCUGAUACAAGUGCUGUGGAUUUAUCGAUAACGACACUAAGGUGGGCGUACCGAAGCCUUACCACGGCACCGCUCUCACCAGCCACUCACAUGUGGAACCGACAGUUGAGACAUAUUUGUCCUAAAUAUUUCGUCGCUGAGCAAUAUUUGGAUCUGCGGUUACGAUCCGCUCAAGCGCCUCAGGUCAACGGUCGGAUUAUGCAGAUUGGCAAGUGA